GAUGGCGGAUGUGGCCUUUUGUUUUUAAUUGCCAUAGUCUGACAAGUUCAAAAUGGCCACAGUUGUAUUAGAUGACACAAGACGUAAAUAUUUCUUUUGUUGACACUGUGCAGUGCAUGGAUAGGAGUGGUGAAGAGGAACAUCAAGAAGGAGAUAAAAGAGCAAGCCAAAUCUGGUUCGUCAGGCUAAGUGUUUGAAAGUCGUUUCAAAUAUGAAUACAAAUCAUGUGUGACAGAUGUAAGUGACUUAACCAUUUAUGCUUUCGUGCCAAGUUCAGAGACUGUAGCGGAAAUUCAAUACAGAUAUUUGUAUUACGUGGAAUGUGUGAUGCACGUGCCGGUAUUUCGCAUAUCGGAAGCCCAAAAUAUUCAAAAAUGGGUACGAGAAUUUAAUAUUUCAGAACGCAGUGACAUUUGACAUAACCAGUAUCCAUCAUGCAUCCAAUCAGGCGCCGUAAAAAAAGGCCAAACUACGGAGUGCGAACGGUAGAAGUAUGCAGAGGAAAAAAUGGAUUUGGAUUUACGAUAUCGGGCCAACAACCAUGUAUUCUCAGCUGCAUAGUCACCGGUAGCCCAGCGGAGAAGGCCGGCCUAAGACCAGGCGAUUAUUUGGUUGCUGUCAACGGUCAGAAUGUAAGCAAGGUUCCACACGACGACGUAGUUCGCCUUAUUGGUGGCUCUUCCGGAAUCUUAAAACUCCAGAUAGCAGAGAAUUAUUAUUCUGACAGCUCGGAUGAAGAUGUCAUUGCACCAGCGAGACCGAAACCCAAAUAUCCGCACAAACCUCGUAGUGGUGGUCAACAUCAUCGACCUGUGGCGAUACCUCAGCAGAAUCGUGCAGCCAAAGUUGUUAGAGAUCUACGGACAGGAGCAAUGUUUGAAGAACAUCAACAAUUGGAAGUUGCCGCCAUCCCUUCUAGUGCACUUAUCCGCCCAGUGAGUAAACCUAGUAUUCCUCCACUUCAGCGUUGGGAACCACCUGUCCCAUUCCCAGUACCACCUCCACGUUUAUAUCCUCAUCCACAAGUUGAAAAACCUAGAGAGACAGAGAGAGUCGAGUAUCAGGCUCUUGUCGGGUACCUGGGCACAAUUGAAAUGCCUAAAGAACUCCAGCCUGGAUCCAGACUCCAGGUAGUACGUGGAUGUAUUAGACGACUUCGUGCUGAAAAGCGAGCUCACACGUUAGUGUUGAUGAGUGUGCAUUCCCAUAGUCUUACCCUGAAAAACUGUCAUCAAGCAAUAAUUGCUGAGUAUCCAGCAGAACGUGUUACAUUCUGUGGCUCCAGUUCGGAUGAUGAGCAUCGUUUCUUUGGACUUGUUACAGCUGCAAUUAGAUGUGUGGAUGAUGAAAAUGACAGUGGAGAGACAAUAGCAUCUAGUUCCUGCCAUGUUUUUGCCAUAGAGCUAAGACUCCAUGGCGCACAUUCCGUCCAUGCUGCAAAGGCUGAAGCCUUUAAGCUCAAUUGUAAGACUGACCCAGCAACAGGAUUGUGUAGUGAAUUUCCAUCCUCCUCAGACCCUGUAAUUGCUGCUAUAAAGGUUCUGUACAGUAACAGGUAUGAAAGAGGUAAUGUUGAAAAUGAAGAACCACUGUUAGCAAACUCACCCCAGCCAAGCAAUGCCAGCAGCACUAACACAACAACAUCAAGUAACAGUGAUUCUGGUAUUGGCUUUAGAGAUGAUUGUGGUAAUCAGUCUGAUCGCAUACUCAUGGUUGAUGUGCAGAAUCAACGAUUACAUAUUCAGCAGGUUGGUGAGGUCCAGGUUCCCAAACCACGUGUUUAUGAACUUGCAGGAAGAGUCAAAGAAAAUGCUAAUGCGAGGUUGACUGUGCGUGCAAUGCCAGAUCCAGCUAUGAACAGUGGAGGUGCGAUGGUAGCAAGUAGUCGUAGCCGAUCACCACUUAGCAGUAGUUCUUGUGAUGAUGGUAGUCGUAGAGUAUUUGCAGAACGUGUGCCAAACAUUCCAGCUUACAGUUUUCCUGUUGCGAGAUCAAAUGAUGACAUGAGUGUCAGCAGUGGAACAAACAGGAGUCAAGACCACUUGGCUUUACCAUAUAAGCCUGAACCUUAUGAAACAGUGAGAGACUUUCACCCACAUUUUUCAGAUAAGUUAGAUCCUGAGUGUUACUCUGUGCCUGGUUUCAGUGGUUUAUGUGGAAAAGGUGUAAGAUCAACUGAAGCUAUGAGUAUAAGUAGUGCACAAAGUCAGGAUCCUCUACUGUCAUAUAAACUAAGCCCAAAAGUAUUUGGACUUCCUAGGCCUGUUACACACAGUCUUGAAGACCUGAAAGUUCCAGACCCAGCAGGGUUAGAGGACAGUGCAAGUGGGGUAGCUAUACUUUCACCCAAUAGCCAAAGAGGGCAGCAAUGGGGCAGUCUGCAGGAACUUCGGAGCUUUGUUGCUAAUUGUUUUGAAGCUUCACCAGUCCCAGAACACUUGCAUUCUGAUCAAGAAUCGACAAGCUUGGAACAAGAAGAGCCUGAGAAAGGUGUUGCAAGUUGGGCAACAGCAUUUGAGAAACUGUUGGAGGAUCCAGCAGGUCUUCAUACUUUUGCUGAAUUCUUGAAGAAGGAAUUUAGCCAUGAAAAUAUUUACUUCUGGGUGGCAUGUGAAAGGUAUCGUGAACUGAAAGAUGAAUCAGAGAGAAAACGAGCAGCAAAGGAGAUAUUUGAGCGGCACCUGUGUCUUGGAGCCUUAGAACCUGUAAAUGUGGAUUCUCAUGCACGGCAAGUUACUCAAGAUGGGUUGGAACAAGCUCCAGAGACUUUAUUUGUUCAGGCCCAGAAGCAAAUUUUUGACCUUAUGAAGUUUGACAGCUACCCACGUUUCAUCAAGUCUGAGCUUUAUAAGGAGUGUUUGUUGAGACAGCUCUCAGGACAAGAGCUGCCAUACACUGGUGGUGAAGACCUAGAUUCAGGUUUACAACUGAAGCCCAAAGCAGAGGGUGAUGGUUCACCAAGCGGAACACGCACCAAGUUGAAGAAGAGCCGCAGUGAUGCAGAAGAUCGGCGGCGUAAAUCAUUGUUGCCAUGGCAUCGCAAGAAUCGUUCAAAAUCGAAAGACCGAGGAGAAUCUGAAUACAACAAGAUGAGAAUGAUAAAUCAACAGAGGGAGACAGAAGAUGCUGUUUCUGUGCGAAGUGAUGUUACGAGCAGUAGAUCAUCCCUAGCUUCGUGGGAUCUUGCACUUAGAGGCUCAUUUAGCAGACAGUCUGUAACAUCUGGAGAACUAGGAGAGCGUGAAACAUGUACUUUAUGUCGUGUGAUUCUCGCUGAUGGAGCAACAACAGUUGUCCAGACAAGAAAGCAUGAAAAUGUGAAAGAUAUGGUUAAGAGGCUCUUGGAUAAAAGAGGCCUUCAUUACUCAUCCUUUGAGGUGUACGUUGGAAAUUCGACGAAGCCUGUACCCUUGGAUGAAGAAUCAUCUGUUCUUGGUGGAAAAGAAGUCCAAGUAGAACAGAAGGUUUCAUUUCGACUCGAUCUACCCAACAGAAAAACAGUGGGUGUGAAAGCAAAAUCUUCAAAAUCUCUUGGUGAAGUUCUAAGGCCAAUUCUGCAUAAAUAUGGCUACAAUGUGGAACUUGUUACACUCUGUCUCAUGAGUGAAAAUGAAGUGCUAGAAUUAAAUUUACCAGUAUUAGCUGUUGACAACCAACGUCUGCAAGUUCUGACAAGGAGUGCUGAAGUGUGGAAGAAUGAUGCAGUCCACAAAACAAAAUCAGGUCCAACAUUGGAUGAAAUAACGAACAGGGUUUUUGAGGAGUUGCUGCAAGGGAAAGCUGAGGGCAGGACAACACCUGAUCAGGGAUCUGUUAGGUCAGAAGAUUGGGGUUCUGAACAUUCAUCUGGAAUAUUUGGCCGCUUCUUAAGAAGAGAUUCAGGAUUACUGGAGAAAUCUAGGGAUGCACGUGGGAAAAGCAAGAAGAGUGGCAUGAACAAGCAGGAAGAGCCUGAGAGUAAAUCAUCAGUUGUCACUCGUGCGCCUCUUAUUGCGAAGUGGAAAGUUGGUGUCAAGUUGCAGGGGCGAUCUGAAAGUGAUGAGUUGUAUGAAGGUUUGAAGAGAGCACAGAGAAGUCGGCUAGAAGAUCAAAGAGGAACAGAAAUAAACUUCGAGCUUCCUGACUUUCUGAAAGAUAAGGAAAAUGCCCCACAGACUGGGAAGAAACUUCGAAAAUUUAGGCGGAGUGAGGACCCAAGCCAAACAAAAUUUUAUGAUUCUACAGAAGUGCCGACAGCACAGGCAGUUGCGAGUAGCCAUGAAAGUUUGCUGCUUGAACCAAACACUAAAAACCCCCUGAACAUUGAUAAAGAUUCAAGCACAGGCUUGGUUCCACACUUCUUAGACAGCAGUUUUAGUGCUGACAGUGUUGUUCCCAGCCCUAGGCAGGCAGAAGAAUACUUUUUAGGUCGAUCUGCUGGAAUUAUGGAGUUCAGUGGGUGCAAAUUGACAAGAAGUGAGAAAAUUGGUGUCAGUGGAACUGAUAAGAACAGUGAGGCAGUAAACAGAAACUCUUCACCCGAUAACACACUGGUGGAAGCAGAUCUUGGAGAUGUGACUCUUACAUGUGAUUCAACAGAUGAGAACAGUAAUACUGCAUCUGUAACAACACGUUCACGGCAAUUAAGUGAUCCACCACCUUUGCCUCCAAAACCUAAGCAUUUACCUUCAAAAGCUUCUUUAUGGGGAGUAAGCAAUAUCCCUCCAUUUCGAGCAUCAACAGAUGCUCCAAAUCCAUGUGCAAGGCUUGUUCGUCCUAAUGAUGUAAAAAGAGAUGCUAAAAUAUGUCGAAGUCGAAGGGCAGUAUAUCUUGAUCAACCAAGCAGCAGCUUUGUGUGAUAUUUGUAAAUAUGUAUUCAUAGUAUAUAAAAUAUGAAAUGUAUGGUGCAGAAGAAAGUUCUGUUUCAUUUAAUUUUAAAAUGAAUGUUUAUACCUUCAAGUACAAACUUCAACCAAACUUUACACAACUGGGCAACAUUUUGUAAUUGUAUUGCAAAUGGCUAUUGUCAUCAAUUAAUCCUUUCCUCUUCCCUCUGUACUGGAAACCUUAUAAUAUUAGAUUCACAUUUCAGGGAUUACAACAUUUAAUCACCUUAAAUAAAGUCACAAAUGACUGAAAGUGCACAUGAAAAGAUGUGGAUUAUACCGUAAUGUCCAAAUUAACACUACUACCUUUUAAAUGUUGUUCCCCCUGAUUUGGUCUUUAGGAGCAUUCUGUCCAAUAUGCUCUGUUGCUGUGCAUACUUCAGUUUCCAUUAGUAUUGCAACCUGAAGAGUGGAAAGGAAACAUUUCUGUGCAAUACAGAUGUUAAAACCAAGGAAAAUAUUAAUAAAUAAUUUUGUAAUGCGGCUUCAGAAUUCAAUUGAUAUUAAAGUUUUAAUAUAAUGUAAAAUUGCCAUUUAUAUCGUUUUUUGUGUUUUGAAAUGUACGUUUUGUCAAAUGUUUGAAUUUUUGUUCUGUAUAGCAGCAGUAGUUACUGCUUUUUAGUAAAGUAGUGCCUUUAACUAAUUCCAUUACUGUUGUUAAAUUUUCUGUUGUACCAGAGUUUAUUGUUAAUUUUCUAUAUCUUGUUAUUCAUGUGAGGCGUAUAAUGGACGCACAUUAACUUCUCAGACAAUCAUUCUGUUAUAUCUUUUCAUGUGAUAACUGAAGCUUCCUGUACAUUUUUUAUUACUAUUAUUUACAUUCCGGUGGUUCAGUAUUCAAGAAAUCUAUGUAAGUGACAGUAUUUUAUGAUAGUUAUUUUGGGUAAUGUGGUAACUAAAUAAUUCUAACUGUUGUUGCUGAAUUUUUUGCUGUUUGUAGGUUAUUGACAGCUUUCUGUUCAGAUACAGUAUUGAAAGUGAAAUAUCAUUUUAAAAACGAAACAUUUUAAAGUGUUAUUAGGUGUGUGUGUGUGUGUGUGUUUGUGUGUGUUUUUGGAAAUGUGUUAAAUGUUAUACUGAAAUUUCAACAUUAUGUACAGAUUGUAAAUUUUCAUCUUGCAUAAUUAUGCAAAGAACAUUUCUCAUUUUUAUGUAUUUUUAAAAUAAUCAUCAACCAUUUUCUUCAUACUCAGAGAAAAAUUAUGUCUCUUUCUUUUCUGCUGCACAAAAGAACUGAAAUAUAAAUGAUUCACGAAAUUUACUGCGAACAAGAUGGAGUAGAAAAUGGCAAACCUUUUAAGCCAAUUGUUAUUCCAUAAUUUAAAUUGUUUGGUAUAAUACUGCUACAGUUGUGUAAGUUACAUAUUACAGAAGAAAGAACACUGUAAUGUUUAAAUUGUUGCUCACAACUUGGGAGAUUUUUGUGAAUAUUUCCAGAUAGCCAGUACUUUCAGUUGUGUUCCAUCCUGCUGUCUUUGACUCAUCCUCAGAGUAGAUGGAUGAUACACACCUGAAAUAUCUGUCCUCCAAGUACUGGAAUACAUGGCAGUAUUCCAGAAAUCUCAUUGAAUACUCAAGACACAAGGGAAACUUAAAUAAUCAUAUGGCCAGCUCUGUGCUGCUACAGUGGAGUACUGUACAAUAAGAAUGAUAAAAUUUGAUAAUAUUAUUGCAUCACAUACUGCGCACAAAAUAAAAAUGGUUAUCAGAAAAAUGAAGAAGAAAAUCUAGUUUCUGUUUACUUCAGUGCUUUAAAUUAUCCUGCAUCUUUGUAUUGAAAUGAGAUGAUUUAUUUUGUCAAAUACCCAGUUAUAUUACACCAAAGAGAUAUCAUUAACAUUUAUUAAAAAAUCCAAUGUCAAUGGGCUAUAAUAGGCAAGCAAAGUGUACGUCUUGUGAUCCGAGGACAGCACUGUGCAGAGUUUUGCUUCAGGUACUCAGAGUUGCUGUAAGGUCUGGAAAUCAGGGUAUUUCAAACAUGUCGGGGAAAUUGUUUGUUUACUGAGAUUUCAUCAUCGUUGCUGGCUGGGUGCUGAAUCCCAACUCCCUCAUUCUUACUGUUUCUCCCCCUCCUACUACUCCCCUCAAGUAGCAGUAAGUGCUGUCACCACUUCUUGCCACUAGCCUAGCAGCUGCUGAUGAGGGGCAGGAAGGUGUGAGGAGUGGUUUGUUUGCUUCAGAUUCUCAAAAGAUUGUUGACACAGCAGCCGGAGACAGCGGUCACUUGUGCACAAGUUGUCUGAGUGAUUGUAUGAAUGUGGGUGUGCCCCUUUUUUCGACAAAGGCUAUAGCCAAAAAUUUAGUUGUCUUUUCUACAUGCCUGUCUGCAGCUCAGCGAUCAUCUUUACAGUGGAUUGCUACCUGUCCUCAUUAGUACCGAUUCUCAGAGUAUUUGCACAAGUUAUCUGUUGCAUGGAUUGAUCAUUGCAGUCUCAUUUCAUUAACAUGGUGUCUUUGACACGUUAAUAGCUGGCCACAUGAAUGGACUUCCACCAUGGGCCAAAUCCACAGGCCAUUUCUGCCAGUAUCUCUUACGGAUUGGGCUUGCUAAUCUGAAGCCCAUAGUUUCCCAUUAAUGUGCAAGCCCUGCCUGUCAGAUCUAGUCUCACUGAUCUACCCGCAGGCCGGGUCUGUUUGUGUGUGGCAUAAUGGAGUGGAUUUUUGUGGUUUAUCCGUGGACGUAGGACUGUGGUGCUCUUUGGCAGGCCAGAGGUCAUGGCAGUCGCUGGCAGUUUGUAAACUAUGUACUAAUAUAUUUCUCAAAAGAAAAAUUCCACAAUACCUGUAAAAUAAAAGAUACAACACAGUGGGUAAUAACCAACAAUAACGAACAUAGUAGAACCAACAUUUUAUUGGCAGUUACCUAUACUGUUGGCUUACACAACUCUUCCCCGCCUUAUACACUUCUUUCAAGAUGCCUACAUUGUUCUUAUGUUAUUUUUGAAAUCAAAAAAUUAUUUUAAAUCUGUCUUGUGGCUCCAAGGAAAUGUGUAUUUUUGUCAUCAAGUAUUUUUUGUUUUAUUGAAAUAAAAUAACAGCAGUGAUCUUAAUUAAACACACACCAUUUGGCUUGCUUUUUCCAUCUAAAAACUGAUCAUUACAGAUGAUGUUGAUGUCAGUAUUAAGAGUUUUGCUUACAAGGUAGAGAAAUACAGAAGCCUUACUUUUUUUAUGUCUUUACUUACCCUUGAGGUCUCAAAAUUUGUCAGGGGAAAAUGCUAAAACUUGUCUGGAAAUCAGGGAAUUUCACUUGGGGAAACUUGUGGCAACCUUGUCAGUGCAAACAUUCAUUAGAACAUUUCACAGUCAUGGUGACAGAAUACAAUGUAUAAUAGACACAGUUAAGUUGAGUCCACUGGAAACAAUGGAAAUCUCUUGAAUGAACACCUACAAUGAACUUAUGCAGAAAGUGUUUCACUAACUGACAAAUGUUCCCGAGUCUUUACUGCUUUCACAUGCCACUUUUCUUGCUAUAUCUUCAAAGUCAGUUUCAAUCAAUGCAGAUCUCUUCUGGUACCUGUAAGUUUUUUUCUACACAUAAAUGACAACUGCUUCAUGGUGGCUUCUGAUGCCAUGGCCUUUAACGUUGAGAGUUACACGAGACAGAUACCUUUCCACAUAUGCUUUCUUCACCAUACUCCAUACUGAUUCCAUUGGAUUUAGGCACGAGUAUUAUGCAGGCAAUAGUAGGCUAAGGAAAACUCUGCUUGGCAACAUGCUGGGCAAAUGAAAUCUCCCAACAACUAAAUCCUUUCAUCUGAUAGGCUCAUUGCUGCAUGUUUCAUAGUCUUGUG